GUUUUGGGUAUGACUUAAAAAAAAAACAUAUUGUAGGUAACAAUCUGAAGUCGUCUGUCGGAAAUUCACCAUAGCUGGGUUGAUGGGAGGGUCUGCCUGCCUCCUUCCUAACUUCGCCGGCUGGAGUUGAAGCAGUCACUCCACGCGUGAACCGUCCACAGACCGACGUCAUGCUGCUGAAACCACACAGGAAUCCACUUCUGCUCACCCUCACCUGCAUGUGUUUCUCACGAGCGCUGCUUUGGUCUUAUCAGGAAGAGGAUGUCAGUGAUGGAGAGAAAUGCUCUGAAAAUAACAUUUCAACCACAAAGUACCCCUGUGUGAGGUCAACCGGAGAAGUUACAACAUGUUACAGGAGGAAAUGUUGCAAAGGCUUCAAGUUUGUGAUGGGCCAGUGCAUACCUGAAGAUUAUGAUGUGUGUGCUGGCGCGCCCUGUGAGCAGCAGUGUACUGACCAUUUUGGUCGCGUUGUGUGCACUUGUUACUCAGGCUACCGCUAUGACCGAGAACGCCACAGAAAUCGAGAGAAGCCCUACUGUCUGGACAUUGAUGAAUGUGCGGAGAAAAACAUGAGCGCCUGCUCUCAGAUCUGCAUCAACACCGCAGGGAGUUUUAGGUGUGAGUGUGAGAAAGGCUAUUUCCUGGAAGACGAUGGGAAGACUUGCACCAAAGGGGAGCGAGUUCAUCUCUUUGAGAAGUGUGAUAAUUUAAUGAAUUCUGGAACUUGCUCAGCUACAUGUGAAGAUUUCCUCCAAAUCAAGAUGUCAGUACUGCAGCUUAAACAGAAGAUGGCCUUGCUGUCAAAUAGUGCUGAUGUCCCUGUGCAGAUGAGCAGUGAGAAAAUCCUUACAUCCUCUGUAUUUAUACCAGGACCUCCAGGCUCCCCUGGGCCACAAGGAGAUACAGGACCAGUUGGUCCUCCAGGAUUGGUCGGGCUUCCUGGUCCACCUGGUCCCAGAGGCCUGAUGGGACCCAUUGGACCAACACCAGACCUGUUCCACAUCAAACGUGGACCUCGAGGACCUGUGGGUGCCCCAGGAGCACCAGGGAGGGAUGGUCUCAAGGGGCAGAGAGGAGCUCCCGGUCCUGCUGGACCACCAGGCCCUCCAGGAUCCUUUGAUUUCCUGCUUCUGCUGAUGGCAGAUAUCCGUAAUGACAUUGCGGACUUGCAGAGCAAGGUGUACGGUCAGCCAACGCACUCUCCGGAUGACCACAUUCCUUUAGCCCCAGACAGUUGGAGAAGCACAGCAGACAGUGCGGAUGCAGGAUCAGGGGAGGACUAUAAGGAACCUCUGUCUCAAACAGACCGGUGGUCCAAAAAGAACAAGAAGAGGAAACAAGGACGAGAAAGAACAAACUGAUUGGACUAAUAACGAAUCGUGGCUUUGAAUACUGCCAGGUGUAAAUACUGAAGGGGUUUGUUUUUAUAUUUAAUGGAUUUUUAUGACAUAUUUUAUAUUGUUUUACAACAGAUGUUUAUUUUUUUAUAACAUAAAAGAUUGUCUGUUUUUAAACAAAUGUGCA